GUGACAAGUGCUUUUGCAACACAUACCUUGGCAGUAUACGUGUAAACAUGGGUGUGAGUAUAUCAUCACCCAAAAUAAAUUCAGUAGUAUUAGUGUUUAUAAGUUUCAUCAGUGGUGUUUUUGGUGAUCCAUUUGAUGAUGAUAUGAUAACAAGUAGAAACAUAAUGAUGGUGCUCUUCGCAGUGGUAGCAUUUGUAUUUCUUCUCACAUUCAUAGUUAUUCUCUGCAGGGUGUGCACAGCUUUCAGACAGGUUGAAAGAUGUCACCACCAUGCUGACCAUCACACACCGGCCCCUGUGGUGAUUUCUUUGCCUCCCCAGAACACAGUGUCAGGAGGAUAUCCCAAGCCUCCCCCCUACUCAGCAGCUCUACCUUCAGCUCCCCCACCUUACGGCUUCAAUCCAGAGAUCAACCCACAGAGUGGCAAAACCAACUAUUUUUAACAAGCAUUUACCUAGUGGAUUAAUACAAACUCCAUCAUGACUCCAUUAAAUUAGGAGUCCUAAUCUUCUAUGUCUGAUCCUAUAAUGGUUCUAGGUUAUUGAGGGCAAACGUUGAAGUAAAAUGUAAAACUUGCAUUAAAUAUAAGGCAGACAUACACUUCACUAGUAAACAAUUGUAACAAUAUCAUGGUUGCAAUCUGGCCUCUUUUCUUGUUUUGUCUGAAAAGUUAUGCUUGAAUGUACUUGUUUCUUAAAAACUUUACCAAGUGUAGAGGCAUUAGAAUUGCCCUAAUAUUUCAUUGUGUUUGAAAAUGACACAUAUAUCACAUGAUUGUUGAUACUUCAAACAAUAUUUUAUAAACAUUUAAAAUAUAUACUAUUCCUUACUUAAUUCUAAAGAAAACAAAAGCUCAAUAUUCUAAGACUUACAUUUUGUACUUUAAAAUUUGUAUGCAUGUGUGUCUGGUGGUGAUGGUUUUAAUUUAAAGAUAACAGAGCUAACCUUUCUGAAAUAGAGAAUGUUAAACUAUUAGAAAACAAACUAUUCUAAAUAAUAAUUAUUCUCAGAAACUUAUUUAAUGCUAUUUUUGUAACUUGAAUAGUCAUGAUGAAGAUAGAAUAAGUAUUUUCUUAUUGGAAAAACAAAUAAAAUUACUAAAACACAUUUAAAAAUAAAAACACACACCAUUACAAUUUUGUAAUCUUUCCUUUAUAAAUGAUGGAUUAAAUCAUUCCUAAAAAAUCAUGAGGGCUAGUUUUAAAUAAAUAAAAUACCUGUCUCCGAGUACUUAAUUUCAUACUUAAAUAACAUGCAAUUGAGCUAAAACUGUGAAGAAAGUACUAUGGAAGCUGUAGAUCUUUGCAGUUCCCAUUGUAAGCUUUGGAACCCAUGACAAUGCAUAACAAUGAGUACUUUCCAAUAUAACUAAAAUACUUGUAUCCUAUGUAGCCUAACUAUUAUUCUUACGACCACUUAGAUGAUCCAGGAACUACACAUGACUGUGAGAAAAGGCAGAGUGGACAAGCUAUAGUAAAAUUCUUUAAUUUCUUUUACCAAACUAAUGAUUGUAAACCUGCAGAAAAAAUAUUGCUCACAACACUUAUACAUAUAGUCUUUGACAUAAUAACCACCUGACAAUACUGAGUCUUGAAAAUAAACAUCCAAAUAUAAUUAUUAAAUCAAAUAAUUAAUCAUUGAUUCAGACUUUAACACGUUUAUGACGACAACUUAUUUCCAGACUUUUUAUUUGUCGUCAAAUUCUUCAAUAAUAAUGACCAAAAACCGUAAUAGAUUUUUAACGUUAAACGUCUAAGUAUAACGUAUGUAGGGUCUUUUUUUACACAAAAAAAAUUAUUUGAAUGUGUUUUUUCUGUGUACCCCAAGUAGUACCUAAAAAAUUAAUUUACCUUAAUAAUAAAUUAAGCAACCAUGCGCCCGAUGCUGUACAUGAUAGUCUAAGUCAUUUAUUUAAGCAUGAGAUCACAUUUAAUAAACCACCAAGACAGGCAAACAAUAAAAACACAAUAAUGAAAUGCCUAGUAAAGUGUACCCCAUAAGGCGCACUACGCACUUAACAAAAACCUGAUUGGUUUUAACCAGUUGUGAAAGAUUGCAUUUACCCAGUGGGGUACACGUCGUCAUGUGUACAUGUUCAUCCUCUAACUGCUGGUUAUUCCCCUAAAAAACUAGACUGUUUCUAUGGUUACAAGCAUACUUUUUUUACAUUUAUGAAAAUGUGAAUAUUUAUUGAAAUAUGAAGUCUGGAAGCGCCUCUAAAGUGUGUGCUGAUUUUUGGAAGAUUUACACAGUCUCUUUGUAAAUUUCAUAAUAAAUUGUAUAAUACUAUUUGUAUAAAUUGUUACUUAUCAUUUUUAUUGUUAAGAAUUACAGAGUAAAACUCCAAAAGUUUGAAGUAAAAAAGUAAUAAUUUUACAGCAUAUAUUGUAUUUACUAUUUGAAAAUGAUAAGCAUUAGCAUUAAGUAUCAGUAUUAUAAUAAAAAAUAGAAUGUUUAAAAAGUCCAAACCAAAUUAUACAAAAUUUACACAAAAAUAUUAGAAUUAUGUGCUGUUCAGAAAUAAAAAAUGGUAACCAUUUUUAUAUUUACAGAGAAAAGCAUAAAUUUUACCAAUUUUUAGUAGCUAAGUGACACAAUGAAAUAGGUAUAAUAAAAUUCUCCCUCAUGCAAAUUAAGUCUUUGACCGCCAAGCAAAUAACGGGUACGAGUGUCAGAGUGCAAGCCAUUCCAGUGCUAUGCGUCGGCUACACACCGGCCAUAUACUGUAGCCAGUGCACUAGAACACCAAACAUUUUGUGCCGUUUUUGUACCUUUACACAUAAACUAUUGCCAUUCUCAUAUUUUUGUUUCAUAGAACAAUGUUUUUGGUACCAUUUUUUAAUCUUUUUUAAUUAUUUUUUUGUGAUAAAAGCGGCAACAUUGAGAAGCACGUUUCUUCUAAAAUUAUUACAUAAAAUUAAAUAAAGCAAAAAAGAAUUCAUAAAAAAUCUAUUUUUAAGUUUGAGGUAAUUUUAUGCUACUAACCUAUAUUACUACUUUGUCAUAAAGCAAAAAUAACCAAACGACUAACAUUGUAAACAAAUGAUACCGUGUAAGACAGACCAGCAUUCACAACGUGUUGGCCACUGCCUUAUGGAUAUCGUGAAUGUUUAGAACUUGUAUACUAUAUUAAAAAAUGAAAAGGACCAAAGAAAUUUGUUGUAUUAUAAUAUCAAUAAUAUUAAUUUUAUCCAGAAUUUUAUGAAUGAUUUGUAUCAAUGUAACUAAAAUAGGAUUAGAGUAUUUGUUCUAGGUUAUUUUAUUUUGAUCCAAAUUUGUAGUAACUUUGUAUUUGUUAGAACUCUAUCUGUAAUUACAAUUUUCUACUAGUACACUACUAUAACAUUAAAAAUAAUCAAACAAUAUCUUGUUAGUGUAUUUUUAUAUUUUAUGAUUUUAGGGAUUUUUUCCAAAAUGUUUGCAUGUUUAUAAUGUGCUACAUGACUUAUUAAAAUUAGUCACCAUACAAAACUUCCAACAAUUUUUCUUGUCAUAAAUGGGUUGUUGUGCAAUAAAAUAUUUAUUAAUAAAGUAAACAAACAAAAAUUAAAAUAUUUAAAAAUAUUAGGUUUUUUAUACAACUUUACCAUUUCUUACAAGUUUUAAUUCCUUUGCUGGUUUUCUUUGACAUAAUAAUGUAGAAGAGAAUAUACUUGUAAAUAUGUAAUAUAAUGCUUACUAUGUUUUAAUAAAAUUGUAUGAAAUCAAAUAAUGUUUUAACAAAUUAGUUAGACCCCAACAUGGAUGUAUCCAACAAGGAGCAUGAGAGCAGCUUCUCCCCCCUCCCCACCACAGAAGCAAAGAAAUAAUUAAGCCUUUAUAAAGUAGCCUAAUGGUAUGAAACAAAAUUAGGUAUUAUGACAAUGAAUAAUCAGUUUAAUGAAUAUUACAUUUUU